GCACCGCUCACAAACAGCACCCACCAGGAGACUGCUGCGCAGCAGUUUGCAAGCGCAAAAAAUGGAGAAGAAGGAAAGCGACCUUCACGACCACCACCGCUCCGGCUGGCACACGAUGUAUCAGAGUAGACAGGCGGUGCCGCAGCAUUUCAACAAGCCGCAGCCGCCGCCCCCGAGAGAAGACCCGCCGACGCCGCCUCCCUCACCACCGAGAAGGACGCGCGACGACGAUGUUGACGAGUUCAUGAGCUUUACGGGCGUCACCGACCGCGCCUUGGCCGCACGCCUCGUCGAGGACGCCUUCGCGCAAGGCAAGUCAUUAAGGCAGGCCAUCCGCGAGUACCUCGAGAGUUUAGAUCAAAUGAAGAAGGACCGGAGAGAUGCUGUGAUUGCCGAGUUGGUCGGGAUGGGUUUUGACGCUGAUUUGGCAGGUCGCGCAUUCGACGCGUGCGGUGACGACGUUCCGAGAUGCGCCGCGUGGUGCAAGGCGCGGCGCGACGCGGUGAUCGCCGAAUUAGUAGGCAUGGGCUUCUCCACGGACUUAGCGGGGCGCGCCUUCGAUAUUCAUGGAGACAAUAUUGAACAGUGCGCGGCCUGGUGCCUGGCCCAGCGACCGCCUGUACCGCAAGCGUCCGACGCCGACUUCGCGCUGUUCGGUUCCAUGAAAGCGCCGGCGCCCGCGCCGCCGCCGCGACCUCCAAGACCACCGCCGCGGCCCGCACCCGUAACCACGGCGCCGCCACCCGCAAAGAAGCCGGAGGCGCCCUGGUCCGACCUGCCGCCCGCGAUCGUGGCCGGCACGAACCCCUACGGCCACGCGCCUCUCAAGAUCAUUAGUACGCCUGCGGCUGGUGUUGCGGAUGGCGCCUUCGAAGCCCAGAAAGCAAGGAAUGCCGCAGGCUUAGUACAGAAGGCCGGAGCCUUGUCCAAGUUGUCCUCGGGCGGCCUCAUCGGCAAGAAGGCCGUCCGCUGGCAGGGCCGCCACUUCUCGUUAGGUCAUAGGUCGUUGGCCUACGGCGAGACGCCGGGCGAAGGGCUCUGGGAGGCGAAAAAAAAAUUUAACAUCUGGGGCUCGUACGUCGUCCCGGAAGCGGCGGAUCGAGCUGCCGGGCGGCAGCACGCUAUUGCGGUGUAUCGCGGCGACGAGGACGUCAUCGCGGGGCCUCGAUCCGGUGCGGAUAAAAGAAGAAGUGCGGCGGCUCUAUCAGACAGAGACGCGACGGCGCGGGACCAGAUUUUGCUCGUUGCGGCGGAUUCUGAUCUGGAAGCGCGCCAGUGGACUUUGAGUCUGAUGGCCGCGGCUGGCAGAAGGGGCGUUGGGAUCGUGAUAGGCGAGGACGCUUCUCACAUAGAUCUUAGGGCGAUACUGGCCGAGCCGUUAGGCCUCGAGGCGGUCUCAGCGGACCAUCGUCCAUUGAUAGCAACUAUCGAAAAGAACGGCGCGGCCCACGCCGCCGGGCUGCGAGCGGGCGACGAGCUCGUGCAAAUUAACGGCGUCAACGUGCCGCCGGCCGACGCGCCUACUUUGAAUAAGAUCUUACAGGCGUCGGCGAAGCCCCUCGACUUGCGAUUGAGACGGUGCACGUCGCAGAUCAACCAACGGACGCGGCGCGACCUCGCGCGAAACGCGCUGCGGUCCGUCGCGUCGAUCGUCCAAUCGCGAGACGCGCUCCACAAGCAGUCGCUCGAGGUCGGCGCGGCUUUACGGGCGGACCAGCAAGCUAGGAGUGAUGCAGCGCAACGCCAGGCCGAGGAAGCUUCUAGGUUGGAGGCGGCGCGUCGGGCUUCUCUGGCGGACGAGGCGCAGCGGUCCGCGCGCGUCUCUCGUAAUGAUGCGGUGGACGCGGCCGUCACGGACGCAUUAUCUGCGGCGCGCAAGGCCGAGGAGGCCGACGCAGUCUUUGAUCCAGGAAAGGCCGCCUCUCUGAAAGCGGAGGCGCGCGGGAUGCUUGAUAGGGCCGCGCCGAUGUUGAGGUCCGAAGAGGCUAGGCAACGCCUCGCCGCGGCGGCCCCCGGUUUGGACCUCGCCGCUUUGUAUGAUCGGUUGGUUGGGCCCGCGCCAUCGACGCGCACGGCCGUGGCGACGCACGCCUGGGAGGCCGCGGAGCCGUGGCAGGUGGCGUUGGCCGCGGGCGCGCGCGUCGCCGUCACCAAAACGCUCGAGGACGGCUGGUCCGAGGUGAAGCGCCUCGACGACGGCGCCUCGGGUUUGGUGCCUACCGGGUAUCUGGAAUUUGAGGCGGUGUCGGCGAACGCGCGCGUGUAA